AUGCCAUCCGCUAGUCGCAAAGCUCAGCUUGGCCUUGGGCGCGAGAUCGUCUCGAAAUGUCACGCGGACACCCAACCAGCAAACCAACAUCUUGACUUCAUUCAGAGGCGUCUCGAAGAACUUGACUCAGAAGGUUUUAUUUGGUCAAAGGAUUCAAUGCUUAGUAUCUUUCUUCAACUCGGGCUAUCGGAAACCCCACCAAGCUUUUUCUCAUCAGUCAAUAAUAUAAUCGAAUCUCGGGUUUGUCAAGGACUUGAAGUCUCCUCUGAUGAAGUUAAAGACAUGAUACAAAGUGAAGAGUUGCUACAUACAGCUCGUCCUCUGGGCCUCAUGGACUUACCUACUGAAGUCUUUGACAAGAUACUCGAGACACUUGAUUGCAUAGCUACCCUUGAAGCUCGGGAUAUUCACGCAGAAAGGUCCAAAGGAAUGGUGUCAAUCACAGGUCCAGGUGAACAGGAGCCAUACAGGACCUACUUGCACCGAAACCCGCCAAUAUUGAAUACUAUUCAAACCUUUUCACUUACUUCUCGUAAGAUACAUCAUCUAUGUCGACCGUGGUUGUGGCGAAAACUUCGGUUUCCUACUUCUCUUCCAGCGCCAAUGGAUCUAUGGACUGAAGAUAUUCUCCUUAGACAAGGCUCCUACGUCCAAUCUUUAUCCAUCACACUAUCCCCAAACUGCAGUAAACCUCUGGAUGAAACUGUACAGCAUGAUUCCUUCUACGAUAAUCUUAUUCCAGGUGACUACAAAGUAGAAGACGUAUCUCCAAAGAAUGUAAGGGAAUUGAUAAAUAGAUGCCCCAACCUGUCUACACUGGAUAUCAAAUAUGAUUACCACGAAGCCCCCGAGGACGCGGGUGGAACUGAAACUUUUCUAUUAGGCCUAAUACCACUACUAUCAAGUCUCAAACAACUUCGCCAUUUGGCCGUACAAGGUCGAUAUAAGCAGAAAAACAUGAAUGCUUUCCCAACAGAUGUCGUCGCUAGUCUACCUUUGCUAGAAUCGUUUGACUUUGCUGGACUUGCAGCAUAUGCAGGUCAACCAAAACUUGGUGAUGGUUCUUUUGGGCUCAACCUAUCAAAACUGAAAUUUUUAUCCCGACUACAUUUAUGGUUCAUUGAUGAUAUAGAUGCAAAUUGGUGUCUCUACAGUUGGCCAAGGACAAUUACUGAGCUCACAAUUCACCAAUGUGACAAUUUAUUGCCGAGUUCAGCAAAUCAGAUAAUUCAUCACAUUGCACCUUACUUAACGAAGCUCAGGCUUGAAUUUGGCAACAAGCAAGGUGAUGACAGCUGGGAAACAGAUCCCAGCUGGAGUCCUCAAAGUUGUUUUUCUCUUCCAUUUUUAAUCGACUUGGCGCUUACAACCCGGAAUGCGGACUUACUUUAUGGAUUUCAAGACUGUAAAUCUCUAAGUUGUCUUGAAUGGAAUUACAGGACAUCAACACAAUUCCGGACUCUGGAAACGAUUGUGUCCAAAAAUACUUGGCCUCAGCUACGGAAACUGGUUGUAAUACCUUAUCGUAGUUUUAUCUUACCCAGUAAUUUAGAUCCGCGAUAUCAAGAAAUAAGGUAUCAAGUAAUUUCGUUGCAAAAAUAUUGCAAAGUAGCCAAUAUGACAGUGACCACAGAGCUACCUUACUUGUUUAGCUUCUAG